AUGUUUGCCGUCCCAGAUGCUUUGUUUCAAUCCACCGAAGAGAACAUGGGGAAAAGGGCGCAAGCAAAUGAAGUCUUUAAUGCGUACUGGGUGAAAGGCUCUCCACUCUCUGCAAAUGGAAUAGAAUUACUGAUUUAUAAACCAGGAAAAAAAGAAAUCCACCUGAAUUCCGACGCCGAAUCACAAGUCAGUUACCUUGUCGCACUGUUCCAGGCUUUGAAGGCGUCCGGUGUACAUGAUGUUUCCUUCAGCAGUGCUCUAUGUCGCCUGGGCAUCACGACAGGGGAGAAAGAUAACCAAAGACGACUUGUUAGUCAGUUAAAAAAAGAAAUCGAGGAUAUCCGAUCAUCCCUUUCUGAUGUCAAACAAAAGUGUCAUGGUGUGCGAAACUUUAUCAUGCAGGAGACUCAGGCUUUUGAGCGACAACUUGCGGUUCAACUAAGGAAGUAUGACAAAAAGAAGGGUCUGCGUCUCGUCCAACCCUUCUUUGACUCUCGCAUGCAAAGGGUACGCUCCGACCGUCAGGCCCUUGAUAACGCUUUGGCUGCAUAUCAGACGACCUGGUCCUCCCUAAUUGGCCAACUUGCUGACCUUGAAGGAGUGAUUGAGGAGACUGGGAACGAUGUUCUGAGGGGCAGAUGUCGCAUAACCCUGCCUGUGGUCAGCGCCCUAGAAGAAAGGCUUCAUCUAGCCAUCUCCGCGAUUGAAUUUUGCUGUGAAAAUGAUCCGUUGCUGCGUAAGUCCGUGUGGCAACAGGCGGAAAAUGAAUGGAAUUCUGCAGAGCACGAAACUAGGUUGGCAAAAGUCAACGCAAAUACGAGAAAUAGCGAACAGCACCUACAGCGCCUGCGGUCACUCGGCGGUGUGUUGAAUCCAGGAGCCGCAAAUAGCGGUAGCGCAGAGCGCAAGCGGCUGCUCUCCACUAUAAAACUCCUUCAACCGGACCACGAAGAACGUAUGCGGAGCAUGGAGCAGAUGGACUUCGCUUCGUGUAUUAAUUUUACUAACAGAAGCGAAGACGCGAGCUCCAGUUGCGAAGAAAAUGACAAGAUCGUGGAAAACGAGCUUUAUUCGCCGGGCGUUUCGGAUACUCACUCGAAUCCAUCGCAACGACCAAAACAAACCAGAACGGAUGAUGCUGUCAGACACGCCCCGGACGACAGCUUUGACUCUGGUGAUGCAGGCGAGCCGAACACAACCGCCAACUUGCCUCCCCCCCUGCGUACACCCUGUGUCCUGCCAGCUAACUGUGUCGAUCAUUUGUCAAGAGACAGUUCGACCAGCAACACCCAGGCUCCAAAUGUCAAGGUCACCGCCGGGCUGCUAAAACGCAGUGGUGCGAAGUCAAAAGGCGGACUGAAUGUCACUUUUAAUACACGCGUAAAAGUGGAUGAUGGCUCGCAAGAGGUGCAACUUAACUGCAUUCUCGAGGAAGACCAGCAAGAGUAUGCCCAGGAGAACAAAGUCAUUCCGCGCGGUGGCAAAUCAAUUGAUACCAGACAACAGGAUUUUCGUAAAUGCGGAGAGGCAGGUGGAGAGUUCUCGUCACCCACCAAAAAAACCAGGUCUGCUGCCGACCAGGCCAGCUGUGAUGCCAAUGACGAACCGCAUGCAGCCGGUCUAACCGUCACAGAAGGCAGUACCGCCUGCUCUCCGCAAAAAUCUCAGGAUAUGCGCUUGUAUUCACGGCUGGCGCCAGAGCUUCCACCUCACUGCGAACUUCCACCAGCACCACCGCCGCGACUGAGCAGCAAAGUUGGUCAUUUUAUUGGUCACAAAUCGGACGUGAAUGUAAAAAGGUUGUUAAAAUAUGAGAACAUGGACAAUUUACUUGCAACUCUAGAUAGUCAGAACAGCCGCAUGAGCAGUGUGCCACCACAUCAUCCUGACAAAGAAAGAACACCAACGGAAUAG